ACGUAACAAUUAUAAAAAUAUAUAUUUUUUCCUUUUCCUUGUCACAGCGCUUGUUAUGCAUACGCUAUCUUGUAAUUAUUAAUCUUAUCAUUACUAUUCCAUUACUUAAUUACUUAAUUUCCCAGUUUUUAUCUUCUACUCUUUAUCUUUUCUUUUUCCUCCUUCCCGCUAUUAGUAUGCUUUAUAUUACUAUGCGAGCCUUGCUGCAUUUCGUUGAUUUAUUGUUAAUUCACUCUGUCUUUCAGCACGCAAAAUGCAGGGCGGCAAGUGCACGCGUACCGAACACGCGUCGCCGCACUCACAAUUCCGUAGACGCCGCCGUUCACUGCUGCAUCACCGUCGCGGACGGACCGGACCGACUUGUCAGUUUCGCUCGCGCGCUCGACCGGGUAGGAUCUAGCGUGGCGAGUGUCGAUCGUGCUCGAUCGAUCGAUCGCGUGCCACGGUGAGCCUUCCCCGACGACUUCCGCGACGGUUUUCGCGACAUCGUCACGGUGCUGCGGAUCGAUCGGCGUCGUCGAGAUGACGUCGCGGUGUUAUCCUUGCUGCUGAAGCCACCGUCGAUGAAGCGGCCUCAACAUGAUGCAGGAGAUCCCGGGCGCGCCCGCCGACGAUCACCGUGCCUCCAAGUCGGUGCUGCUCAACACCUUCGUCGUGAAGAAGAAGCGGUGCCGCGUGUACCUCCACCGCGGCACGCUCGUCUGGGAGACCGAGCGACCGCCUUACACCAGAUGGACGCUGCCUUUGACGGACGUUCUGGCGGUACGCUACGGCGAUGAUUGGAUACCUGGUGUGAGCGUUAAAGAGAAACAGCCCACGCAGCCGACCACCUCGCCCAGCACGGUGUGCCCGACAAAUUUCAUCCUGCAUUACGCUGUUCGCGGGCCCGGCAACAAAUGGCGACACCACAGCGUAACGAUGAGCCACACCGACCCCAGGCAGGUCGCCUCCUGGGUCAAGACCAUUCGGAAUUACCUCCUGAGUCUGACGCAUCGGCCGCGGAAGGUGAUGAUAUUCAUCAAUCCCUUUGGCGGUAAGAAGAAAGGCGUCAAGAUUUGGGAGAAGGACGUGCAGCCGCUCAUGACUAUAGCCGGCAUUGAGACGAAAAUGAUGGUCACCGAGCGCGCCGGCCACAUUCGCGAUACUCUGCUCACGGCUGACUUGAGUGACCUACAUGCGAUGGUGUGCAUCGGCGGGGACGGCACGUUCGCAGAAGUGUUCAACGGGCUGGUUCUGAGGGCGGCAAAGGAUCAGCAAAUCGAUCCGAAUGACCCUGACAUCAGGUUGCCUAAUCCGGCUUUGCCCGUCGGCGUUAUACCCAGCGGUAGCACCGACACGGUGGCCUACAGCCUGCACGGCACCACCGACGUGCAAACCGCCGCGAUACAUAUCAUCUUUGGUGACUCGAUCGGCCUGGAUAUCUCGUCGGUGCACACCAAUCGUAGUUUGCUCAGGCUAUACGCCAGCGUGCUUAGUUACGGCUACCUCGGCGACGUGAUACGCGACAGCGAGAAGUUCCGCUGGAUGGGUCCACGUAGAUACGACUGGUCUGGGUUCAAAAAGAUACUCGCGAAUAAAGGCUACGAGGGCGAGAUCGAGCUGCUGUCAGACCCGUGUCACCCGGCGGGCAGCACCAGGUGCAUGAAGAACUGCUUGCGCUGCCAGCAGCACAUGCACAACACCGUGCCCGAUGAGGAGAUCACCAGGUGGGUGACGGUCAGGGGCAAGUUCUUCAUGGUGAACGGUGCGAACGUGUCGUGCGCGUGCUCCAGGAGUCCGAUGGGCUUCAGUCCUCACUGUCACGUAGGUGACGGCUGCGUGGAUGUCAUUCUGAUUCGACACACAUCUCUGAUAAACAACAUCAGACUAUUGCUCAGGCUGUCCAGCAAACGAAAGACUCUGUACGACCUGCCGUUCGUCGAGGUCUACCGUGCGAGAGAGUUCACAUUCCGCGCCCAGUCGACGCUGCAAUCGGAGAACGAGCUGAACGCGGUGCGCGCCAGCUCCCGGCUCAGCGUCUGGAACUGCGACGGCGAGGUGAUCGACAACGCCAACGUGAAAAUCAGGGUACACUGCCAACUAUUGAAGGUCUACACGAGACGAACUCAGGAACCAGUUCGGGAACCUACCUGCUUUAGCUGCUCCGUGUGAACGAGCUGAACGGGGUCGUCAAACGGUCAGCUUGAAGGCCGCAUUCCCACUCCGCGACGCUCUCAAAGUUCCUUUGUCUUGCCUCCGGUCGCGCAUCGUCGUAACAGUUUUUACGGCGUAAUGCAUCAGCUUGAUCAAAGCGUUCGUUCGUCUUUUUACAAAUACGUCGUUCUUGAAUUGAAAGAAAAAUAUAACAAAGAAGCGAACGAACGUUUUGAUACUCCUGAGCGUACGCGACGCUCGCGGGAACUCUCGCGUCGUUUUGUAACUGCGGACAAGCAACUGCAGAGCGGCGCUUUCAAUUCGCGGUUCCGUUAUCGGCGAGUCCGUUUUACGACGAGUGAAAUCUACAUUCCGCAAAAUCGCUUUUAACAUUUUACAACGUUCCACUCGCGGCCGAUCGAGUGAGUAUUACUCAUCGCUGCUAAUCUAGAAUUAAAUUAACAAUUAUAUAUAUCAGAAGAUUAAGCAAUUCUCUCUUAGCCCUGAAUCGACAGCGAUGAAUAAAGCUCAACGCACAAUCAGGAAAACACUGCUCUCAAAUGCGCUCUACGCGUUCCCGCUCGCGGCCGAGCGCGGGCUAAACUUUCACUCGUCGCUACGAAUCUAGAGUUAAGAGACGGGAAUUUUGCAAUUGUCAAUUCUGUUCGGUCGGGCAGCCGCCGCGCGGUGGCAAGGAUUAAUUAAAGAACGAGCUUUUCUUUGCGAGUUGCGUCACCACGAUUUACGCGAGUGUGCAGGAAUUAUUGAUAAUUUUCUGUUUGUAAUUUUGCUCGUUUGAUUGUAUUGCUCCUGCCGUGCCUCCCCUCGAACUGGAUCUAUCAUUCCUGACGCGCGAACCGCGGUGACGCAUCCGAAUCGACUUUUACACACGCGAUACGGAGAGAGAGAUGCUUCCUGAUGUGAAACGUUUACGCGAAAACGGCGCGUCGUCAGCGCGAUCAUCGCGUUCCGCUAGAUUUCAGUUGGGAUUACCGUCUUUCGCGCUCUUUUUAAUUAUCGUAUAUCGAUAUUUAUUUGAUAGGAGACACCAGGAAGAGACGGCACGAAAAAGAAGCGUUGCAAUUGCAUCUUUCAAGCGUUCUCGGUUGCAGUCACCUUCCAAUGCUUAUUUUGUCGACAUUACGUCGCGGACAAAUGUAUCGUGACUCCGAUCCAUAGUUCUGUAGGUCUGUGGCUUUGGUUUCUACUGUAAUAGAUAAUCAAAAGCUUUCGAAAGGCAAGGGAGAAGAAGCUACACGGUACAAAUAAUCCUCUCGGAGAACGACUAUUUUGCGAUCACGCGACGCUUUUCAUCGAUCGAUGUUCGUUAAAACCGAUCCAGAGAUUGCAUUUAUCGUGGUCUCGCGACAAAGAAACACGACGGUGAUACAAGAUGUACUUCUACGUUUGUUGUACUUAAACGCAUUCUCCUAUCGACGCCUAUUGCGUAAGCGAAGAACGCGAUCGCAGCGGGCAUGAUGAUUGCUGUUACUUAAAUCGAUUAUAUUCGAUAUCUGUUCCGACGAUAAAUUUGCAAUCGCUAACGAAUGUAAUUCCGUUACCGUGAUAUAAAUUUCAAUAACGAUUAGUAAAACCUGAGCGUGAUUCGCAAAAUAGAUCCUCGAACGCGAGCGUUCUUGCGACGCGCGCGCUUGGCACCCUAAAUUUUAAGCUUUUUUACAUUUUCGGGGUAAUCUUUCGUGUAAAGACAAUCAUGGUGAAAGGAUAGCGCUUGGACUGUGCGAAUCCUGGACUUGAGAACGUUGAGCCGACGAUUAUUAGUAAGCUUCUUCCUAGCAGUAUUCAUUUCGAUUCGCGAAAGUAUUUGAAUUAGAGUAUUUGUAUAUUAACUUGUAGAGACCGAUAGUGAGAAAGUAUAAUUCAAGAAUAGCUAUCGCGGAUGUUUGCGCAAUUGUUUAAGUCCUGCAGCAAAUCGUGAAGUGGAAUUAGGAUCGACAUAAAAAAACAAAUCCAGUCUGGAGCCAACGAAAAUACCAUUUUCCAUGAUUAAACGUAUCUUGAUCCUAAUCUCGCACGCACUUGCAUUUGCCCCGCGUCGCAAUGCAUUCGCAUAGAUACCCGCCGUUUAUUUACGGCAUUUAAAUAUAACCCGGCGAAUCCUCUUAAGCGUCACGUAGCUAGCGAAUGUGCAAGGUAUCCGCGAAGUCCAGCGCGUGUCUCUUAUUUUUAACGUCGUAAGCAGGUGCUAUUUGGCGUCGUGGGGAAUUGUAAACGUAGACGGAUUUUAACGACAGCGAUAUCGCCAGUAGCGAUAUCGUAAUAGCAGACUGGCACGAACGAGUGGCACUAUAUGAGAGCUUUGACAGCUUAGCCAUCAAAAAUUCAUCGGGGCUAUAAUGUUCGCGAUCGUCGCGUUCGCCCCUCGUAGAGAAUCCGAUACGUCACGUUGCUAGGAAAACGUUGCAAUACACCAUUUUAGGGAAAGAUCGUUUCGAGGGAACAUUUUUUUAAGUAAAUUUAGAGAUAUUUUUUUUAUGAUCAGGUGUAAUGAUUUAUUGGCGCGGGUCGGACGAGGGAUUUGAUUUGAUCCGUUUUGAGAAUAACGACAUAUCAUAGAUUUACGUAGAUCCGCGCGCAAGAGCUGCUGCUGUUGUGUGUGUUUCAGUUUCGCGAAACGCUCGCGUAUCGCUCGUGCAAUUUAAAGACGGUACCUUCUUAAAGGGCGGCUUAGACUUAACGCAUUAACGAAUUAGUAUCGUUAGACCAGCACGUGGUGCAUACAUCGUAAAAAAUUGUACAGAUAUAUAAUAUAUAUAUUUUUUUUUAAUCGCGACGUAUUUAUAGAAAGUGGAUGAGAGAGAGAAUACAGCGAAUCAAUGUGAUGACCUACCGACGGCAAUUGUAUGUAUUAUUUUAACUCGUAUCGAUGGAAACACGCACCAAGCAACAACAAUGCAACGUGGUUGCACAAAAUAAAUUAUAUUAACUUUC